AUGGUGACGUUAGAGAGCGGCCAGUUCUGUGACUAUUGCAAUUCUGAAGACCCCCGGAAAGCACACCCGAUCACCAAUGCGAUCGAUGGAAGCGAACGCUGGUGGCAAAGUCCCCCUCUGUCCUCGGGCGCACAGUACAACAGAGUGAAUGUCACCUUGGACCUAGGGCAGCUUUUUCAGGUGGCCUAUAUCAUAAUCAAAUUUGCAAACUCUCCUCGCCCUGAACUUUGGGUCUUGGAACGAUCUGUGGAUUUUGGAAACACCUAUGUACCAUGGCAAUAUUUUGCUCAUUCGGAACAAGACUGUGUGGAACAAUUUGGGCAGGAGGCAAAUCAGGCCCUCACUCGGGAUGACAAGGCCCUUUGUGUUACUGAGUACUCUCGGAUCAACCCUUUGGAGAACGGCGAGGUUGUUGUGUCCUUGAUAAAUGGCCGGCCAGGUGCAAAAAAUUUUACUUUCUCUCAUACCCUGAGGGAGUUCACCAAGGCAACAAACAUCCGCUUGCGUUUUCUUCAAACCAACACCCUUCUUGGACAUCUCAUCUCCAAAGCCCAGCAAGAUCCAACAGUCACGCGACGGUAUUACUACAGCAUAAAGGACAUCAGCAUUGGGGGGCGCUGUGUCUGCCAUGGCCAUGCGGAAGUGUGCAGCGUGAACAACCCGGACAAUCUGUUUCGGUGUGAAUGUCAGCACCACACCUGCGGAGAGACGUGUGAUCGCUGCUGUGCAGGCUACAACCAGAGGCAAUGGCGGCCGAUUACGAAGGACCUCACAUUCGUGGUGAUUAUUGACUUCGUGUGUGUGUUUCCCCCAGCAUGCAACUGCCACGGCCAUGCCACCGAUUGCUACUACGAUGCCAGUGCUGAGCGCCAGCAGGCCAGCAUGAACACUCGGGGCGUCCGUGCCGGCGGAGGGGUCUGCAUUAACUGUCAGCAUGACACAGCUGGUGUGAACUGUGAAAAGUGUGCUAAGGGUCAUUACCGCCCUGAAGGGGUUCCGGUUGACGCUCCCCAUGGCUGCAUCCCUUGCAGCUGCAACCCCGAGCACGCGGACGGCUGUGAGCAGAGCUCCGGCCGCUGUCAUUGCAAGCCCAACUUCAGUGGAGACAACUGUGAGGAGUGUGCGGUCGGAUACUAUGAUUUCCCAUUUUGCUUAAGAAUUCCCAGUUUUCCUCUCUCUACUCCGAGUCCCGAAGAUCUAGUCUCAGGAGAUUUAACAGAGUGUGACUGCAACCCCUGGGGCGCCCUGGACAACACCUGUGAUCAGACGGGCCAGUGUCGCUGUCGCCCCCAUUACACCGGCCGGACCUGCAGCCAGUGCGCCCCGGGCUUCUACAACUAUCCCGACUGCCUUGGCUCCAGCAGUUACUGUGAUGCCGCCGGCACCGCUGAGUCCAGUUUGGGGUUUUGCCAAUGCAAGCUUCACGUUGAAGGUUCGACUUGCCACCUCUGCAAACCUUUGUACUGGAAUCUGGCCACAGCAAACCCCGAAGGAUGUUCAGAAUGCCAGUGCAACGUGGCGGGGACCGUAAGUGAAACUGGAGAGUGCGGGCAGAUAAAUGGUGACUGCCACUGCAAACCCCAUGUCCGCGGUCGUUCCUGUGCCACCUGCGAAGAUGGAUAUUUUGCUUUGCAAAAUGACAGUUACUUUGGAUGUCAAGGGUGUCAGUGUGACAUUGGGGGUGCUCUGACACCCUUGUGCAACAGAACCUCUGGGGAAUGCAGAUGCCGGCAGCACGUUGUGGGGAAGGCCUGCCAGCGACCUGAAAACAACUACUAUUUUCCGGAUUUGCAUCAUAUGAAGUAUGAGCUAGAAGAUGGUACCACCCCGAAAGGGGGAGUCGUUCGCUUUGGAUCUGAUGCCCUGCAGUUUCCUGAGUUUAGCUGGAGGGGAUAUGUCCAGAUGAGCUCUGCACAGAAUGAAGUAAAGAUCAUGUUGAAUGUGGGGAAGUCAAAGCUCUCCUUGUUUCGUGUGGUUCUGAGAUAUAUUAACCCUGGACCUGACGCAGUAUUUGGCCACAUCACUCUUUACCCAUCCUCGGAUAAGGCAGGUGCUGUUCAAAGCAAAAGCAUCAUCUUCCUGCCGAGUAAGGAGCCAGCGUUUGUCACUGUCCAUGAAAGUGGUUUCUCAGAACCGUUUUCCAUUGCGCCAGGGUUAUGGACCGCUUGCAUCAAAGCAGAGGGAGUCCUCCUGGAUUACCUGGUACUGCUCCCCAGGGACUACUAUGAAGCGUCCGCCCUGCAGCUGCCAGUCACGGAGCCAUGUACCUCUUCGGGAUCCACCCAAGAGAAUUGCCUGCUCUACCAACAUCUGCCGGUGACCAGAUUCCCUUGUGCCCUGGCUCGGGAAGCCAGAUCCUUCCUGCUGGCUGGGGAGCUGAGACCUUUGGUAUCCAGGCAGCCCACCCCAGCACACCCCAUCAUGGUGGACCUCAGUGGGAGAGAGGUGGAGCUUUGGCUGCGACUACGUGUCCCGAAGGUGGGCAACUACGUGGUCGUGGUUGAGUAUGCCACGGACGCUGAUCUACUCUCUGUGGUCGGUGUGGAUGUGAAGAGCCCCCGGUCCAAUGCAACAGGCCAGGUGAACAUCUACCGCUGCAGAUACAGCAUCCUUUGCCGGAGUGCUGUGAUUGACCACACACGCCGCAUUGCUGUGUAUGAGCUACAGGCAGAUGUGCACAUUCAGAUCAAGGCGCAGAUGGCCGGAUUCCUGCUGCAUCAAAUUUGCAUCAUACCAGUUGAAGAAUUCUCCACCGAUUACGUGAGGCCCCAAGUCCGCUGCCUGGCCAGUUAUGGGCAAGUUGUCAAUCAAAGCGCUACCUGUGUCUCGCAGACCCACGAAGCCCCUCCGACGGCAUUCGUUUUGGAUGUCCCGAGAGAAGGGCUUUCCCCUCUCCUGCCCCAGGAUCCCGCCCUGUCGGCUAGCGUUGUUUCUGGAAUCACUUUGAAGGAACCACAGGACCUGGUGACCCUGAGAGGACAUGUACCCCAUCUGAGCCACUAUGUCUUGGUCAUCCAUUUUUACCAACCAGAGCACCCCUCAUUCGCUGCCCAGGUGUUUGUGGAGGGAGCACAGCAGUGGUCAGGUUCCUUCCGGGCCUCCUUUUGCCCCCACGUGCUUGGCUGCCAAGCUCGAGUCGUGUCUGGAGGCCAGGAUGCCUUGCACGUCUCAGAGCCGGAGGUGACCGUGACGGUGAAUGUUCCAGAAGGAAGGUCCUUGGUGCUGGUCCGUGUUCUACUUGUGCCUGUGGAAAAUUAUGAUUUCCAACCUCUACCCAAGAACUCUCUGGACAAGUCAUCCGAGUUUAUCAACAACUGUGGGGGAAACAGUUUUUAUAUUGACCCCCAGACAGCCUCCACAUUCUGUAAGAACUCUGCCAGGUCCCUGGUGGCCUUGUACCACAAUGGCGCACUGCCCUGCGGAUGCCACCCUGCUGGAGCUCUGGGCCAGAGCUGCAACCCAGAGGGUGGCAGUGCCUAUGCCACCCCAACAUCAUCGGGCAGCAGUGCACCCGCUGCCGGACGGGACUAUGGAUUCCCACACUGCAAGCCAAAGGGGUGCAACUGUGGCCAGCGCCUCUGUGAGGAGACCACGGGAACAUGCCUCUGCCCACCCCACGCGGUCAGGCCCCAGUGCAAGGUGUAUGAGCUGCAUCCCUUCAAAUUUCACCCCCUGCCUGGUGAUGAUUCCUGCAACUGCUCUUGGAAGGGUGCCAUGGACGCAGCGUGCGACAGGGACACUGGGCAGUGCAGAUGCAAGCCCAGAAUCACGGGCCGACAGUGUGACCGAUGCAGUGCUGGGUUCUACCACUUCCCCGAGUGUCUCCCCUGCAGUUGCAACAAAAAGGGGACAAAGCCAGGAGUCUGUGACCCCGAGACUGCAGCGUGCCUUUGCAAGGAACAUGUGGAAGGCACAGGCUGCAAUGUGUGUCGACACGGUUCGUUUCAUUUGGACCCAGCCAACCCCAAGGGUUGCACCCGCUGCUUUUGCUCUGGAGCAAACACCAGCUGUAGCAGUACGCAUAAGCGAAGGACUAAGUUUGUGGACAUGAUGGGCUGGCGUCUGGAGACUGCCGAUCACCUGGCCAUCCCCACCUCGUUCAACCCGCACAGCAACAGUGUGGUCGCAGACAUCCAGGAGCUGCCUGCAGCCAUUCUCAGUGUGUUCUGGGUCGCUCCGCCCUCAUACCUGGGGGACAAGGUGUCCUCUUACGGUGGCUACCUCACUUACCAAGCCAAGUCCUUUGGGUUGCCUGGCGACAUGGUGCUUCUGGGGAAACAGCCCAAUGUGCAGCUCACUGGUCAGCAGAUGUCAGUGGUCUACGAGGAGCCAAACACCCCCCGGCCAGACCAGCUCCACUACGGGCGAGUCCAACUGGUCGAGGGGAACUUCAGACAUGCAGGCAGCCGAGCGCCGGUGUCUCGGGGAGAGCUGAUGACGGUGCUGUCUAGACUGGAAGGUGUGCGUAUCCGAGGCCUCUAUUUCACGGAGACGCAGCGGCUCACCUUGGCACAGGUGGGGCUGGAGGAGGCCUCUGAGUUUGGAACUGGAAGAAUCGCACAUCACGUGGAGCUGUGUUCCUGCCCGCCGAACUAUACUGGUGAUUCAUGCCAGGGUUGCAGCCCUGGAUACUAUCGGGAUAACAGAGGCUCGUAUGCUGGACGGUGUGUCCCCUGCGAUUGCAACGGGCACUCGAAUCGAUGCUGGGAAGGCUCCGGAGUAUGCAUUAACUGUCAGCACCACACUGCUGGAGACCACUGUGAGCGAUGUAAAGAAGGCUACUACGGGAGCGCCACCCAGGGAUCCUGCAGCGUCUGUCCCUGCCCCCACUCAAACAGCUUCGCCACCGGCUGUGUUGUCGAUGGGGGAACCGUGAAGUGCUUCUGCAAACCCGGGUACACAGGAACGCAGUGUGAGAGGUGUGCACCAGGAUAUUUCGGGAAUCCCCAGAAAUUUGGAGGUAGCUGCCAGCCAUGCAAUUGUAACAGCAAUGGCCAGUUGGGCAGCUGUGACCCUCUGACUGGAGACUGUGUCGACCCAGAGCCCAAAGAUGUUGGCACUGCAGAAGAAUGUGAUGAUUGUGACAGCUGCGUGAUGACGCUCCUGAACGACCUGGCCACCAUGCACGAUGAGCUCCGUCUGGUCAAGUUUCAGCUGCAGGGCAUGAGUGCCAGCGCCGGGGCUCUGGAACAGAUGAGGCAGUUGGAGACCCAGACCAAGAACCUGAGGAAUCUGUUGCUCAACUACCGUUCUGCCAUCUCGAAUCACGGCUCAAAAAUGGAUGGCCUAGAAAAAGAGCUGAGUCAAGUGAAUCGUCAACUUGAUACACUGCAAGAAAAGGUUCAAGGGAAUUCUAGAAAAGCACAAACAUUCUAUAGCAAUGUUGAUCGGACCAUGCAAAAUGCAAAAGAGCUGGACACAAAGAUUAAAAACAUCAUCAGGAAUGUACACAUACUCUUAAAGCAGAUAUCUGGGACAGGUGGAGAGGGAAGCAACCUACCUUCAGGAGACUUUUCCAGAGAGCUGGCGGAAGCAGAGCGCAUGAUGAGGGAAAUGCGGGCCCGAAACUUUGCCACGCAGCUGAGAGGAGCCGAGACGGAAAAGAGGGAGGCUCAGCUUUUGCUGACUCGGAUCCGGAGCCUGCUGGAAAAUCACCAGGUGGAGAACAACGGGCUGGUUAGCAGUAUCCGGAAUUCUUUAACUGAAUAUGAAGGCAAACUCAGCAACCUCCAAGGAGUACUACAGGAAGCAGCUGCCCAAGCCAAGCAGGCCACUGGCCUCAACCAGGACAAUGAGAGGGCUUUGGAAACCAUCAAGAGACAAGUGAAAGAAAUGAAUUCCCUCCAGAGCAAUUUUAUGAAGUAUCUCACCACUGCAGAUGCAGCCUUGCUGCAAACCAGGAGCCUGCUGCAGCUGAUGGGGAAAAGCCAGGAGGACUAUGAAAAAUUAGCUGCCACCUUAAAUGGAGCAAGACAAGAACUAAGUGACAAAGUGAGAGAACUUUCCAAAUCUGCUGGCAAAGAGUCCCUCGUGGUGGAGGCAGAGAAGCACGCACAGUCUUUACAGGAGCUGGCGAAGCAGCUGGAAGAGAUCAAGAGAAACGCCAGUGGGGAUGAGCUGGUGCGCCGUGCAGUGGAUGCUGCUACUGCCUAUGAGAACAUCCUCAACGCUAUCAAAGCAGCUGAGGAUGCAGCCAACAGGGCCCUGGGCGCAUCUGAGACGGCUCUCCAGACAGUGAUAAAGGGAGAUCUUCCUGGAAAAGCCAAGACCCUGAGUUCUGACAGUGAUCGACUCUUAAGUGAAGCCAGGACAACACAGAGGAAGCUACAGCAAGAAAUCAGUCCGGCUCUCAACAGCCUACAGGAGACGCUGCAGAUGGUGAAGGCUCAGAAAGAGCAGAUCGAGGUCAACCUCACGACUUUCCGUGAUGAUCUCCGUGGGAUACGGAGGGAUGGUAUCGAUGAUGUGAUCGAUAAAGCCAAGAGCCUGGUCCGGAAUGCCAAUGACAUCACAAGUGAGGUUCUGGAUGGGCUCAGCCCCAUUCAGACGGAUGUGGACAGAAUUAAGGAUACCUAUGGAAGCAGGCAGCAUGAAGACUUCAACAAAGCGCUGACAGAUGCGGACAACUCAGUAACGAAAUUAACUAACAGACUCCCUGAUCUUCUGAGCAAGAUCGAAAGCAUCAACGAACAGCUGCUGCCCCUGGGGAACAUCUCGGACAAUAUGGACCGCAUACGAGAACUCAUCCAGCAGGCCAGGGACGCUGCGAAUAAGGUUGCUGUUCCCAUGAGGUUCAAUGGGAAAUCCGGCGUUGAAGUCCGACUGCCAAGUGACCUUGAAGAUUUGAAAGGAUACACGUCUCUCUCUUUCUUUCUCCAAAGACCUGAAUCACGGGGAAAUGUAAGGAAUGAGAAUAUGUUCGUGAUGUACCUUGGGAAUAAAGAUACCUCCAGGGACUACAUUGGCAUGGCACUCAUCAACGGCCGGCUCACGUGUGUGUACAACUUGGGGGCGCUGGAGGCAGAGCUCCAAGUGGACCAGAACUUGACGAAGAGCGAAUCUUUUGAGGCAGUUAUGGACCGGGUGAAAUUUCAGAGAAUCUAUCAGUUUGCAAGCCUCAAUUUUACCAAAAGAGCCACAGACAAUAAGCCAUUACCAACCCAGUCCUAUGACAUGAAUAGUGGAAGUCGCCACACACUUCUAAACUUGGAUCCUGAAAAUGCUGUGUUUUAUGUCGGAGGUUACCCACAGGAUUUCAUACUUCCCAAAAGAUUACAGUUCCCGCCUUACAAAGGUUGUAUUGAAUUAGAUGACCUCAAUGAAAAUGUGAUGAGCUUGUACAACUUCAAAAAAUCUUUCAAUCUUAACACAACCCAAGUGGAGCCUUGUAGAAGGAGAAAGGAUGAGUCAGACAAACAUUUUUUCGAAGGCACGGGUUAUGCUCGAAUUCCAACUCAGGCAAAUGCUCCCAACCCAAGCUUUUUUCAGACCAUUCAGACGACCGUGGAUAGGGGUCUGCUGUUCUUUGCAGAAAACCAGGACUACUUCAUAUCUUUAAACAUAGAGGAUGGCAAACUUAUGCUACGAUACAAGUCGGACUCAGAUCCCCCCAAAGAAACAGGGAGUCAACAAUUGGUGAACGACGGGAAGGACCACACGGUUGGGAUCAGCUUUCGAAGAGCCCAAAAAUAUGUGAUUGCCCACAUGAAUUCUCAAAGCAUUAAAAUUGAUGGUGAAAUCUUUGACUUCAGCACAUACUACCUGGGUGGAAUUCCAAUUGCACUCAGGGAAAGGUUUAAUAUUUCCAUACCUGCUUUUCGAGGAUGCUUGAAAAAUCCAAAGAAACCAACCGGUGUUGUAAGGUUGACGGAUACCGUGGGAGUAACAAAAAGAUGCUCAGAUGACUGGAAGCUGGUACGAACGGCCUCUUUCUCCAGAGGAGGGCAAUUGAGUUUCACCAACUUGGACACCAACUUGGACUCUGAAUUUACCGCCAACUUCCAGGCUUCAUUUGGGUUUCAGACCUUUCAACCCAGCGGCAUAUUAUUAAAUCACCAGACACGGACCAAUAGCCUUCAGGUCACUCUGGAAGACGGUCACAUUGAACUGAGUACCAGAGAUAGGAGCAGUCCCAUUAUCAGAUCUCCCCAGAAAUACAUGGAUGGUAUGCUGCAUCAUGUAUCUGUAAUAAACGACGGCUCUGGCCUCCGGCUUCUGAUUGAUGACCAGCCCCUGAAAAGUACCGAGAGGCUACACGGCUUUUCAGCUGCCUCGCUGUCCACUCGGCUGGGCGGGAGCGCCUUUGAGGGCUGUAUUUCUAACGUGCUUGUUCGGAGAUCACAGGACCCCCACAUUCUAGAUUUGAUCAGUACAUCUUCCAAGAGAGAUGUAUCCCUGGGAAGCUGCGCUCUAAACAAACCACCGUUUCUAAUGUUGCUGAGAGGCACCACCAAGUAUACCAGAUCCAAAGCCAAGGCCUUCAAUAUCCACAUGCCAUUGCAGGAUGCAUCAGUGGCCUUUUGGAGGAGCUCGGCGGUGAUGAGCGAGGCACAGUCUUGCCUGCCACCUCCCCAGGCCCAUUCCAGUCACGGAGCCCUUCAGUUUGGGGACAGUCCCACCAGCCACUUGAUAUUUACACUUCCUCAGGAGUUGCUGAAACCCAGGUGGCAGUUUGCUAUGGAUGUGCAGACGACCUCCGCCAGAGGGCUCGUGUUUUACGUGGGCACCAAGAACUCCUUCAUGGCUCUGCACUUCUCAAAGGGACGCCUGGUCCUCACAUUAGAAACAGAAAGAAAGAAACUGAGACUCAAAAGCAGAGGGAAAUAUGACGAUGGGAAAUGGCACACGGUGGUGUUUGGGCAAGAUGGAAGAAGGGCGCAUAUGGUUGUGGAUGGGUUGAAGGUGCAGGCAGGAAGUUUGCCUGGAAAUUCCACUGUCAGCAUCAGAACACCAGUUUUCCUGGGAUCAUCUCCAUCAGAGAAGUCACCGCACCUCCCCCAUCACAGCUUUGUGGGGUGCCUGAAGAACUUGCAUUUGGAUUUAAAACCCUUGGAUCACCCCUCCACAAGUGUCGGGGUGUCCCCCUGCACAGGGAGCUCUUUAGAGAAAGGCAUUUAUUUCUCCCAAGGAGGAGGCCAUGUCAUCCUAGAUAAUGCUGCACUGCUGGGUCCAGAAUUUAAGCUUGUUUUCAGCAUCCGCCCAAGAAGUCUCACUGGGUUCCUGAUACACAUUGGAAAUCAACCGCAGAGGCACUUGUGUGUGUACAUGGAGGCGGGGAAGGUCACCGCCUCUGUGGCCAGUGGGGCAGGUGGAAUCUCGACAUCAGUCACACCACAGCGGUCUCUGUGUGAUGGACAGUGGCACUCGGUGACAGUUACUAUAAAACAACACAUCCUGCACCUGGAACUAGACACAGACAAUAGCUACACAGCCGGACAGCUGGUCUUCCCACCUGCCAACACUCAAGAGCCACUACACAUCGGGGGUAUCCCAGACAAUUUGAAGACACUGAAGCUACCUGUGUGGAAGCCAUUUUUUGGCUGCCUGAAGAAUAUCCAAGUCAACCACAUCCCUAUCCCUGUCACCAAAGCUGCACACGUCCAGGGGAUCGUCAGUCUUAAUGGCUGUCCUGACCACUAACUGGAGCCCGUUACACAGCCACGCCAUCCACCUUCAAAAACACCGAUUAUCCGAGGCCCCCCUCGCCCACAGUGUCAGUCUGGACUGAAGCCACCGUCGGGACUGGUUGAACAGCGAAUCUAAUUUUGAUUUUUGACCAGGCAUUCCCAUCAUUCUGGCAUUCUGGCGCUCGAUGAUACAUAUAUAUUUUAUAUCAAGAUCUCAUUCUUCGAAGGAGAUGAACAAAUUAUUGUAACCUUUUGGUAAUAUUAUUUUCCAUUAAAAAUAAAUGUCUUUUAAAGAACAUUAUUUCCCACUCGUUAAAAAGUUAAAUAUUGUUUAAAGUACUUUAAAAACACAAAACUCUUACAUAUGUCACAGGGUUAUAAUUUAUGGGGAAA